AUGCCAUACGACCCGUCGCUACCUCUACUUUUGGCAACCGAUGCCAGCAAAACAGGCUUGGGCGCGGUACUCUCACAUUGUCUCAGCAAUGGUCGGGAGCGACCAAUAGCUUAUGCCAGUCGUACGAUGAUUACUACAGAACAGAAAUAUCCACAGAUCGACAAAGAAGCGCUUGCCAUCGUCUGGGCUGUACAGAAGUUCUUCCAUUAUCUCUACGCUCGUCAUUGGACCUUGAUCACUGAUCACAAGCCACUAACUCAAAUCCUUCAUCCAGAAAAAUCGCUACCGCUAUGUAUUAGCAGAAUGGCUAAUUAUGCAGACUAUUUAGCUCAUUUCGACUUUGAUGUGAUUUUCAAAUCCACGAAAGAGAAUACUAACGCUGAUUAUUGUUCCAGAGCAUCACUAUCAUCAACGAUUAACGCCAUACAGGAUUCUUCGCCACGAGGGAAGGAAGAGUUCGAUGGAGAUGAAUUCGAUCACUUCAUCAUUAAGCAAAUUAAGCAAUUACCAAUCGACGCGGAACAAAUCGCUCGAGAAACAAGAAAGGACCCUGCACUCGGAAAAAUUAUCAAAUUACUAGAAACAGGACGAAACCUCGAACGUGCAGGUUACAAAGCUCCGGAGUCAGCCUAUAAACUGGCCUCUAAUUGUUUGGUGUUCGAACAUCGUGUCGUGAUACCACCCGUGCUACGGAAAGCAAUGCUGGAUGAUCUACAUGCGGCACAUUUAGGUAUCGUUAAAAUGAAGGGAAUGUCACGAUCAUUUAUUUAUUGGCCUGGCAUCGAUCUGGAAAUUGAACGUAUUGCGAAAUCAUGCGUUGAAUGUGCUAAACAUGCACAUGCUCCCCCAAAGUUUCGUCAGCAUCACUGGGACUACCCCAAAGGACCGUGGGAACGUAUCCACAUCGAUUACGCCGGUCCCGUCGCUGGAAUGAUGCUCUUGAUUGUCUCCAACGCAUUUAGCAAAUGGCUUGAAGUCAAGGCGACCAACUCGAUGACGACGGCUGCAACAAUUGCCAUUCUUGAUAACUUAUUCACAGCUCAUGGUGUUCCUACCACUGUAGUUUCAGACAAUGGAACGCAGUUUACGUCAUCUGAAUUCAAAUCGUUCUUACAAACCAGUAGCGUUAAAUACCACAAGUUAACAGCGCCUUAUCAUCCCUCCACCAAUGGACAAGCCGAACGAAGUGUGCAGACAGUCAAAGCUGCCCUUCGUGCCAUGGGGACUACUCGUAGUACACUUCAAGAGGAUCUAAACAGAUUCCUUCGUCAUUAUCGCAUCGCACCACACUCAACUACGGAACAAUCACCAUCACAGCUAUUCCUCGGUCGAACAUUACGAACACGCUUGGAUUUGGUUCAACCUGAUGACGUCUUCACAAAAGUUACUCAAAAGUGGAACUCACAGUUUGUUCCAACGUUUCGCUCACUGAAGCCAACUCAAGUUGUAUAUUUCCUUUCGGGAAAUCCUAGGAUGGAUAAAUGGAUCCGAGGAAUUAUCACGACUCGUCUGGGAGACCUUCAUUACGAGAUUGAUUACAACGGUCGAAGAUUCAAACGCUAUAUAGAUCAAAUUCGAGGACAUGAAGAAGGUAAGACGACAGAGCAAUCCAAUGUUACUCCAGCACCCGAUGUGAGUAACAAUUCGGAAAGCCGUCAACCCCGGCGAGUACGAUUCUAUCCGGAUACUUCGGAAGCACACACACCGGUGGCACCUACGAACGCAAAAAUACAGCCGUCUCCAGUGCCACAACCAAGGACUUCGACUCGUACAACAACGGUUUCAGAACAGAUCCCAUCAACAGCAUCCGAUAGAGGCGUUAUAAGAAACGGGCACGCCUCACCUCCAGUUCUUCCUCGGAGAUCGACAAGGGAUCGUCGUCCUCCGAACAGAUUCUCUCCAAGUCGCUAA